GUAGGGCGAGCUCCGGUGCGGGCGCAGGAAGGGGCCGAGCUGCCGGAGGUGCCCAGGGCGCCGGCGGCUCCCAGCGGCCCGGAUCCGCGGCUGGGGGCUGGCGGGGCACGGCGGCGGGAGAAGCCGCCGCUGCUGUUGGCGUGUCCGUCGCUCGCAGCGCCGGCUCUCCCGGGAUGGGCCUCCAGGAGCUGGCGGUGUGGCUGCUGGCGGCGGCGGGGCUCGUGCGCGAAUCUCUGCAAGGAGAGUUCCAAAGGAAGCUUUACAAGGAGCUGCUGAAAAAUUACAAUCCAUUGGAGCGACCAGUUGCAAAUGAUUCCCAGCCACUCACUGUCUAUUUCACUCUCAGCCUCAUGCAGAUCAUGGAUGUGGAUGAAAAGAAUCAAGUAUUAACAACAAAUAUUUGGCUACAAAUGUACUGGACAGAUCAUUAUCUACAGUGGAAUGUGUCUGAAUACCCGGGAGUGAAGAAUGUCCGUUUUCCUGAUGGACUGAUUUGGAAGCCCGAUAUUCUUCUCUAUAACAGUGCUGAUGAAAGAUUUGAUGCUACUUUUCACACUAAUGUUUUAGUCAAUUCUUCAGGACAUUGCCAAUACCUGCCACCAGGCAUAUUUAAGAGCUCAUGCUACAUAGACGUGCGCUGGUUUCCAUUUGAUGUUCAGAAAUGUAACCUGAAGUUUGGAUCCUGGACUUAUGGAGGCUGGUCCUUGGACUUACAAAUGCAAGAAGCAGAUAUAUCUGGCUAUAUUUCAAAUGGAGAAUGGGAUUUAGUAGGAGUUCCUGGGAAGAGAACUGAGAGCUUUUAUGAAUGUUGUAAAGAACCCUACCCAGAUGUAACCUUCACAGUUACCAUGAGACGCAGGACUCUCUAUUAUGGACUCAAUCUCCUCAUUCCUUGUGUCCUGAUAUCAGCACUUGCCCUGUUGGUUUUCCUGCUUCCAGCAGACUCGGGAGAAAAAAUCUCACUAGGUAUAACAGUCUUAUUGUCUCUCACUGUCUUCAUGCUGCUUGUGGCUGAAAUUAUGCCAGCAACCUCUGACUCUGUGCCCUUAAUUGCUCAAUAUUUUGCCAGCACUAUGAUUAUUGUUGGUCUUUCUGUUGUUGUCACUGUUAUUGUUCUACAAUACCACCAUCAUGAUCCAGAUGGAGGAAAAAUGCCUAAAUGGACAAGAAUCAUCCUUCUGAAUUGGUGUGCUUGGUUUCUGAGGAUGAAAAGACCGGGGGAAGAUAAAGUGCGUCCUGCCUGCCAACAUAAACAGCGUCGCUGCAGCCUGUCCAGUGUGGAGAUGAACACUGUGAGUGGCCAGCAAUCCAGCAAUGGGAAUAUGCUGUACAUUGGCUUCAGGGGGCUGGAAGGGGUUCACUGCACACCCACCACUGAUUCCGGUGUGAUCUGUGGGAGGAUGACCUGCUCACCAACAGAUGAAGAAAACCUGCUGCACAGUGGCCACCCCUCUGAAGGUGACCCAGAUUUGGCUAAGAUUUUGGAAGAGGUCAGGUACAUUGCAAACCGAUUCAGAGACCAGGAUGAAGAGGAAGCCAUUUGCAAUGAAUGGAAAUUUGCAGCCUCUGUAGUGGAUCGGCUCUGUUUGAUGGCCUUCUCAGUAUUCACAAUCAUUUGUACAAUUGGUAUUUUAAUGUCAGCACCAAACUUUGUAGAGGCUGUGUCUAAAGAUUUUGCUUAACUCCUAACUAAAACCUGCUUCUCUGAUUGGUAUGUAGCAAAUAAGAAUGUGGGGUCUUUUGAUCGCUUGUUUCUAAUCAGUAUAAUGCUUCUCAUUGUCCGCUUUCUUUUGCCCCCCUCUCCCUCUGGUCCUGAGUUCCUUUUAGAAGAAUGGAAACCAUUUCAGAAGGGAAGCCAAGAGUUUCUCUCUGGGCUGUGUCUGUGUAGCUCCUCUGAGCACUCUUUUGUGGAAAAUGCCAAGUGGCUGCAAGUCCCUUCAGAAUGACAGGGUAUUGAACCACCACCUCUUACACACGUUCAAACUGGCUGUUCCAAAAUAAGAGGUAGGCAGUGUCACAAAUGGCACUUCUUCUAGACUUUGUUAUAAAGGAGAGCACAGUCCAUCUUAUCUAUUUGAAUGAGUGAUCAUAAACACAUUUAAGAGAGGAUGAAAUCCAAAUGGCUGCUCAGAGAAAAGGAAGAAUGUCGUAUGUAGCUCUUCAGCCCCUCACUUGCACCCUGUAACUCCCUCCAUGCAUUUUUCAUACAACAUAUAUGACUUUCAGGACUUUGAAUUUGUCUGAGAUACCAGAAACCUGAAAGCUGAGAGGACACACCACAUAACUUGUCCUUCAUAUGUUUCUAGAUUUGACCUAGAAAUUUGGCUUGGACUCUAAAACAGGCUUCACAGUAAUUGUUGCAGUUUAGUACUUCUUCCUUCUCCCCAGAAAGGCAUUCUUUCAACUAAUAAUAAUUUUAACUAUCAAAAAGAAAAAUGAUUGAUAUAAGAUGCCUUCAUCAUCACUUGUUUAAAAAAACCCAACCCUCACACUUGUCUCUUUACUGUUAACUGGAUUCCAGUGUGGAAAAAGUAACUCAAUGUCUUGUACAGGCUUAAGCAUAAAUGAAGAAUCUCAAUCAAAAGUAGCCAUUAAAUCCUGAGAUCAAGGUUUUCGUUUGAAAAUUAAAUGUUUGAUCUGUUGUACGCUUGGCCUUUUAUAUAACUCCUUCUGUUGAGUCACCGUAACAUUGUCUUUACAAGAAAAUUGCACCUUUUCUGCUCAUUCUAACAUCAGAUGGGUACUAAUGAAUAAUAAAGCUUCUUGCUUCUGAUAUAAACUAUUAAUUGUAUAAAUAUAUAUUUAUAUAUACACACUGCAGAUACAUCCAAGGAAAGGUAAAAACUUAAAUACAAAUUUUCCUAAGUCUAGACAGACUUUUGCAAAAGCAAAACUAGUAGUUCAGCACUUUAAUUUGGUUCUGAAAUUCUCUUGUCAAUAUAUGCUUAGUUUUGAUGUCACUUUGAUAUCUUAAUGGAAAGGGCUGAGCUAAGAAUACCAGGACCUGAAAUUUUGUGUGUACCAAAGAGCUGAGAAUUAGUCUCUCACUGGCACACCAGUAUUCCUAACCAGUGCUAUAAGAUGUAAGAGAUGUGGGCGAAGGUUAGUUUAGCAUUGGUUUCAUCCUCUAUCCUACAGAAUCCAAAUUUUUUGGCUGAGGUCUUCACAGACACAAACAGAGGCCUGUUGUUGUACCAUGUUUUUACUGUGAAAUAAACUCAAGGCCUCAGUUUAUCUCUGGAUGGAUUAAAAUAAAGUUGCUGUAAUGCUUAUCCUCCCUAAGUAACAAUUUCCUCCUCAGAGUCUGCUCCCUUGAAAGCAGGAGAAUUAAAUUUCAUGGAAAGCAAGCCCAAAGUCACCCCAGGUACCACCCUUCACCUCAUUGAACACCCUGUACAAGCACCUUUGUGCCUGAGAUAGGGCAGGAGGAGUGAAAGGCAGGCAGAAUAUUUCUCAGUUUGUGAAUUCUCUUUUCCUGAAGGUGCAUUCUGAAUCUCACACUUUAAAGACACAAACAAAACAUUCAAAACCUUCUUGUAAGUUCAUCCUGAAAUCAUGUGUCAGAAUUACUUGUGAAGAAGUUACGUUUUCAGGAACAACUAUUAAGAAUAAACCAUGUAAUAAUUCCUGCAAGUAGUUUCUAGUUUAUAAAUCAUUUAUGGUUGGGAAACUAUGAGUGCAAACCCUGAAAUGUGAGUUUUGUUCAUUUGUGAAUAACUGCACAUAUCAUAUGGCAUGAGCUCCUCUUCUGGGUAAUCUUUCUAGGCUAGGCUUCCUGAUGUUGAUUUGCAUUGGUAUUUUUCCUGCUGCAAGUACCCCUAAAUAGCUAUGUAGACUGUUCCAUUUAGUCUUUGUAAAUUUUGGGGUCCUCUUGGAGAAUAGCUUUUCAAAGAAAAAUGAAGACUUUUGAGGAUUAUCUUGCACAAUGGAACACAACUAUUGCACUCAUAGUACAUGAUGCAUGUGAUAUAGGAAGCAUGAGAGUCCCCCUCUUGCCACCAAAUCUGUUUACAGUAUCUGUGGGAAUCAUCUUUCUAAAUACAAGAGGAUGGAGAAAGCAAGCUACAAUUUGACAGUAGACUUCAUUUUCAGUGACAGACAUGCUGACCCUUAAAAACUGGAGAGUUUGGCUUUAUGUGAAGUCCCAGCAAGUUGGUAAAACGGUCAGAGAGCUGUGGGUGCUGCUGAAGGGGCUGUGAGACACCAGCAUUCUGCCCACACCGCCUUUAUCGCUGGCAGGGGCAAUGCAAACGCACCAAGGGGACAAGGGAACCCUCAUUUUCCUACUGUUGACACAACCUGUAAACAUUUGGUAACAAGUUUAUUAUACAUUUUAAAUGUAAGAGUGACUCCUCCAUCACGUUACUUGGCACCUAUAAGUUAAAUUUUUCUGUAACUGAGCUGAGCAAAAUUGGUAUGGUUCUUGUCAACUUGUGUGUGUCUUAAAUAUAUUUGUGUAUGCGCUAAACAAUAUUUUGAUCUAAAUGCUGUGAAAAAAAUAUUUAUUUACAAUUCUGGGCGCAGAGAUGGAAAUUAAAUACUGUAUACAGUAUGUGUAUAUAAUAUUAAAACCUACAUAUUGAUGGUAAAGAUCUGUUACAAUCGUAAAGAGUCCAGAUAGAGAAUAGGAAGUGGCUCACCACAACUAAGCUCUGACUUGCCUGACAAAUUCAAAAGCUCACUCUAGAGCUCAGGUGUCAUGUACAAUACUAUGUGUGAACAAUGUAUAUUACUUUUUCUGUUUUUAUAUUGAAAUGUAUUGAAUAUUUAAAAGACUUUUUAAUAUUUAAAAAAAUAUUAUUUAGGUGUUAAUGCCAAAAAGGUUCCAAACAUAAAAUUUUAAAAACUUAGUUUUAAAUACAGAUAAAUUAUUUAAAAAAUAUAUAAAAUAUUAAAUUAUUUUAUAUAGGAAUUGAUAAUACUAUGUAAGACUUUUUUUAAAGAUUUCUUUAAAUUCUCUUUACAUUCUCUAGCUGCAGGAUGUAGUCUCAGUUCACCUGUGACAAUUCAAUUCUUCACCUUCUUUAACAAGACAAGAAGGUAAACCAAAGCCCCAGAUUUUCUCUCCUUUGUUUUCCUAUUUUUUACAUUAAGAAACAUUGCAUAAAGGGCAUUAAAAAAAGAUGUUACAUCUGUCAGGUACUGAUUGUCAUAUAAACAACUCAAUGCCUUUUCAGUCCAGUACAAAUAAAAGACUUAGAUCAAGAGACUUUUGAUUCUUUUUCAUUUUGCUAACAUGGAAAAAACUCAAGUGGUGGAAAACAUGAAUAGCCAUAAAAGGAAGAGAGAUGCCUAUGGUUAUGUCAAUCUGGGAUGACAGUGUUCUUUGAUAAUUAAAUAUAAAUUCAUAUCCUCCUGCCAACCAGUCCCACACCAAACAUAUAUUACUUCAGUCUUACAUAAGCAAUCAAAGUUAACUGAGAAGGACUGAUAUACCAUGUAAAUUUUGGACUGGCGUCAAUGCCAGUAUUAAUUUAUUUUUUGAAGUUUAACACAGAAGAGAGAAAAAACAAAUCCAUACCAGCUGAAUAAAUUGUUGGUUUUGCCAGCUGCAAAGUUUGUGUGUUGGCUAUUAUUGAAAAAAUAUCUAAUCAUCAGAAUAUGCCUCAGAUGCAAGAGGAUGUGUCAGUGGAGUUUCUUGCAAAGAGAUGAGUUCUCCUGCCCACGUGCUGAAACAGCUUCCUUUCUGUACAACACCCUGCUGAGCAUGUGCCAGAAGUAAAAGAUCAAGGGUUGCUGAACCCGAGACUUCAUUCUCUUCAUGCUUCCCUAAGUGAGGAACAGCUGAAGAAGACCAGUUUGGUUCUGGGCAGCACAGGAGUCACACAAGCCUGCAGUUGUCACUGACCCCAGGCUGUCCCUGGGGAAGAGCUGCCAGGGUCAUAAUGUCAGAUACUCAAGUGAGGCUCCUGCUGGUGCUGCUCACUCUGCUGGUGUGCCCCACCCUUCACCAGUGCUGAGGAGCAGGACAAUCUGUGUGACAUUUACUGUCAGACUUCAACAGGUCCAACAGGUUCAGCUUAACA